GCGAGCGAGGAACGCUCGUUGUUGGUCUUGCUCGGUCAGUCCGAUGUCUUCGUGGAAGAGCGGUGAAAGCGUCUGCACCACGUCCGUCGAUCUUCUACAGCCUCUCGAGCGAAUCUAGAGAACGUGAAGGAAGAGGAAAGAAGAAGAGGAAGAUCGGUGUGGAAGGUGUGUUGGCGCGCGAUAUAGAAUGCGCGAUCAUGAAAAAUUCCGCGAAAAUCUCAAGUGUCUAGGAAGUUUGGCCGACGAAUGGGAAAAUCUGGCGUGACAUUCCUCCGCAAUCAGACUGCCGGAAGAUGUUUCGAGGCACGAUAUCGCGGGAAACGUGGACUCUUGCCUUGCUCUUGUUUCUUUUCGCUCACGUGGCUUGUCUGGAUGUUAAACUUCUGCGUAAUAAUUCUUUGACUACCUCGAAUUAUGGUACGACGAAUUCGACCCGUAAUCGAAAGGGCAAGUUCUUGUUUGAUGAAUUGUUCGGCCUUGACAUAAGUAGCAGCUUGGACGAUGAUGAUGUUGUAUCAAGGAAUUGUACAUGCGAAUGCGGUAUAUCGAAUCAGGAGGAUCGAAUCGUCGGUGGACGACCGACAACCCCGAAUAAAUACCCGUGGGUGGCGAGGCUCGUGUACGAGGGUCGUUUCCACUGCGGAGCCAGCCUCGUUACCAAUGAUUACGUUAUUACUGCCGCUCACUGUGUACGAAGGUUAAAACGUUCAAAAAUACGUAUAGUAUUGGGUGAUUAUGAUCAAUACGUGAAUACCGAUGGAAAAGCUAUAAUGAGAGCAGUGAGCGCGAUAAUUCGUCACAAAAAUUUCGACAUGAAUUCGUAUAAUCAUGACGUUGCUUUGCUGAAACUUCGAAAAUCUGUGAAAUUUUCCAAACGUGUCAAACCAAUAUGUUUACCUCAAAAAGGUAGCGAUCCAGCUGGUAAAGAAGGUACCGUAGUAGGCUGGGGUCGGACAUCGGAAGGUGGUAUGUUGGCUGGACAAGUCCACGAGGUUCAAGUACCCAUAUUAAGUUUAAUACAGUGUCGUAAAAUGAAGUAUCGAGCUAAUCGAAUCACGGAUAAUAUGAUAUGCGCCGGUCGAGGAAGUCAAGAUUCUUGUCAGGGUGAUAGUGGCGGACCUCUUCUCGUGCAGGAAGGCGAUAGACUCGAAAUAGUUGGAAUAGUUUCUUGGGGUGUUGGCUGCGGAAGACCAGGAUAUCCUGGAGUUUACACAAGAGUAUCUAGGUACCUGAAUUGGAUUAACACAAAUAUGAAACAAGGAUGUAUAUGUACAAAUUAAAAAGAAUCGAUCGAUUGUUCAAAAUAAUAUUUCCAUAAAAAAAUCUAUAAAAUGGAAAAUCUUCUAGUACUAAUUUAAUUUAAUGACAAUAUUUUAUAUAAUAAUUCCAUCAAAUUUUUUAUUAAUCCAAUUGUUAUAUUGAGAGUGUUCUGAUUUUAUCAUUUGAUAAAAUAUAAUUAUAAAAGUCAACACAAAAUAGAAAUUAUUUAUUAUUUUAUAAUUAUUAAAAAUUAUUAUAAUUUUAUUAAUUAGUCAAAUAUAUAUUAGAAAAGUAAAUUAAAUGUAAAUUAAAAGUAAAUUAAAAAUAUGACUAAAUGAUGAUAUAAAAUAAGAAGCUGCUACAAAUUAAUUUAAUGUAUAUAUAUUUAGUGCUAAUUAAAAACUAUCUAAUUAAAAAAUUAGAAUAAUUAGAUUAUAUUAUGUUAACAAUAAGUAUAAAUAGUCAAAUUGUAAAGAAUAUUUUAUUAUUUUUAGAAUAUAUAUAUACAUUGUACAUAAUUUAUUAAUAAAUUAUAACGUUAGAGUAAUUAUUAUCAUAACAAAAAAAAGUAAAUAAAGUCGUAUGUUGUAAAUUAAAAAAUAAUCUACUUUAAUCUAACUAUAAAUAAAUCCAUAAAUUUUUGAAAAUUUAGUAAAAAACAAUACCAACAAAUAAAAAAACAAAAUAAAAUUUCAAUCAAUAAAACAUUUAUAUCUUAUAUAUUAAAAAUUAUAAAUGAACUUUUCUUUUUUUAUUUUGUAGAAUAAUAUGUAACAAUAAAUAGUCUUUUUGAUAUUUUUUUACUCUGUAAAAUAUAAAGAUUGCUUUCACAUUUGUAACAUCUGUAAAAAUUUGCAACAUAUAGAAAAUGUAUUGUAUAAUUCGAACUGUACUCGUAUCGUCCCUUUUGUUGCGUGAAUGGCAACCAAACGUACUUGGAAUAAUGAUCAGUAACGGUUUUCUGUCGAACCACGAUUAAAUUAAUGAAGCUAAUACAAAACCAAGACGACAGUAUGUGCAUUCGUGCAUAUGUAACGUUUCAAUCUUUGUAUUCAAUGCUUUACGUUUUUCAUAUAAAAUAUAAUAUAUUCGAUAUAUAAAC